AUGGGAGAUAUAUUUGCCACUUGUGAUGGCAUAUUGCUUCUAUCAAAUAUUUCUAGACAAGUUUUCGCCGUCAGCCCCAUUCUUAAAUGUUGGCUUAGAAUUCCUCCUUUUCCUAGUUCUCAGCAACUUACACAUAUAGAUCUUAGGUGUCAAUGUACUAUAGCACGUGUUCAUCGCACUUCCAAAUUCAAGGUGUUUCUUGUGGGUGUCCUUGAGAUUUCGGAUGCCACUUGGUAUGUUUUCUAUGUGCUAACAAUUGGAAUAGAUAACUCAUGGAAAGAGAUAGCUAGAAGAGAAGCUCCCCUCAACCAUUAUUUUUUUUGGGAACCAAUUUAUAGUGGAGGUUGUGAGCUUUACUGGAUAACAAUGGAUGAGGUGAUUGUGAUUGAUGUUGACACGGAAAUUAUUCUAUGUGGAUAUCCAAUUCCCAGUGAGGCGAUGCUGGAUGGUUCCCUUCCAAUAUAUUUAUGGAUGGAAAAUCGCCUUUCCUGCAUUGCCUAUAAAGACUUUUCUCAAACAUAUCAAAUCUUUAUUUUUGAUUUUAAUUCAGGCAAAUGGCGUUUUUAUCAUGAGAUGGGACCUUUUGAUUAUGUUGCUGCUUGUGGUCAAGAGCUUCAUGUUUUGUUUGUGACAUUUCGCUUGUGGAUCAACGAUCAAAUUAUCUUCCAAGUAGCUUUAAAUCAAAAUCCAAUUGGAAAUAUACCUCUGGCUCCUAGCCCGAAAAGCAUACAUUUUGGUUACAAUGUCAAAACCAGACAUUUAACCAAAAUUGAGGGUGUUGCUGAAGGUAAUUUUGAGGUAUGGCUUCACACUAACAGUCUAGUUUCAUUGCCAUGUCCUCCCUCAUAG